UGCAAUUAAUUAAAAAAAUAAUAAUAAAUAGCUCCCCAAACCUGUAGCAUAUAGAAGGUUUGUUUAGAAAUGCAAGACCACCACCACCAAUGACAUCAAUAACCACAACAAUGUUAAACAACAAGGGCAACAAAAGGGAAAAUAAAUAAAUAUAAAUAAAUAAAUCUUUAAAAAAAGAAAAUAGCUCAAUGUUAGGGCACAGAGCAUGCAUGCUUGAAAAUAGAAAUUUUUAAGACUUUUAACAGAACAGAGCAAACUGCGUUCUGAGAUAUACAGACGGAAAUAGGGGAACUGGAUACAUGUGCAUAAGCUGUGGGAAUGAAGGACUGAGAUCAGAGUAGGACAGAAUUGGACAUAAAAAAAAAAAAAGAAUAAAGAAAGAAUUACUCGAGUGCACCAAGUUGCCUCUAUUUGGGCAUAAGCUCAGAGCUAGGUUCUCACAAGCCUCUGACUGCCAAACUGUACCAGGAGAUGGCAGGGCACCUGUAGAUCUCAUCUUCUUCUUGUGCCCUGGGACCAUGGCCUCCCCACCCUGCAGAGAACCUUCUUCCCCAAUCUCCCUUCAGCGCUCCCCAGUCCUUAUGCAAGUGGACUUCUCAGUAGAUUCGUCCUGGUCCUGAGGCCCAACCCACCAGCCCGGGCAAUCUUUGCCCGGGCGAGUCCUUGAAAUCUAUAUUUAGUUCAUGCCACCCCUCCCCCAACGUUCCGAGGUAGGCUGGUCUGAAAAGGGGUUGUGAGGGCCAGUCCCGCCCCUGCCAGGCGUGUGUGUUUGGGGCGCCGAGCAGGUUGCACGCCUUCUGCGUUGCCUUAUCUACUCCCUGGUUGCUGCCCUGCGUCCCACGAGUCCUGUCGGGUGUCGUGAGUCAACAUGGGUCAGGAAGAGGAGCUGCUGAAGAUCGCCAAAAAGCUAGAGAAGAUGGUGGCCAGGAAGAACACGGAAGGGGCCCUCGAUCUUCUGAAGAAGCUGAACAGCUGCCAGAUGUCAAUCCAGCUACUCCAGACAACCAGGAUUGGAGUCGCGGUUAACGGGGUCCGCAAGCACUGCUCAGACAAGGAGGUGGUGUCUUUGGCCAAAAUCCUCAUCAAAAACUGGAAGCGGCUGCUUGACUCUCCUGAAAGCCCCAAAGGAGAAAAAGGAGAGGAGAGAGAAAAAACAAAGAAGAAUGAAAAAAGGUUUGACUGUUCUGAUUGGAAACCAGAAGCAGAUCAUUCUCCUCCCAGGAAAAAAAAGGGGGAAGAGGUCAAAGACAGGAGAGACUCCGUGGAUUCCAAGUCUUCUAUCACCUCCUCUCCAAGAAGGCCAUCAGUGGAAAGAUCAAACAGCAGCAAAUUGAAAGCAGAGGCCCCCAAAACACCCAGCAGCCCUUCAACUCCCACCUUUGCCCCCUCUGUCUGCCUCUUGGCACCCUGCUACCUCACAGGGGACUCCGUCCGGGACAAGUGUGUGGAGAUGCUCUCAGCAGCCCUAAAGGCAGAUGAUGAUUACAAAGACUACGGAGUCAACUGUGACAAGAUGGCAUCAGAAAUUGAAGAUCAUAUCUACCAGGAGCUCAAGAGCACAGACAUGAAAUAUCGGAACCGGGUACGCAGCCGAAUCAGCAACCUCAAAGACCCCAGGAACCCCGGCCUAAGACGGAAUGUUCUCAGUGGGAACAUCUCAGCUGGGCUUAUUGCCAAGAUGACUGCAGAGGAAAUGGCCAGUGAUGAGCUAAGGGAGUUGAGGAACGCUAUGACCCAGGAGGCCAUCCGUGAGCAUCAGAUGGCCAAGACCGGCGGCACCACCACUGACCUCUUCCAGUGCAGCAAAUGCAAGAAAAAGAACUGCACCUAUAACCAGGUGCAGACACGAAGUGCUGAUGAGCCCAUGACUACCUUUGUCUUAUGCAAUGAGUGUGGCAAUCGCUGGAAGUUCUGCUAAUAGAACCACCAGCCAGAAUUUCAUUUCGGUGAGGAAGAACAAAGAGAAAGCACCAAGCCAUCAUAACUAAAGAAAAGAAAUAAAAGCUAAAAUAAAGAAAAAUGCUGAACUUUGAAUGGAAUAGUCUAGGGAUCAGAAGGAGAAUCAUUUUGAAAAUUGAUAUUAGUAAUGAUGAUUGGCUCAUAGGAGGAGCCUAACUGGGGAUGCAGUGCUAAAAGCCUGUGUUCACAAUCCUCUUCUAGGAACUCAGAGACUUCAGAGCACAUGACUGAGAUGUCACAUUUCUAGUCAUGGGCUGGAAGACCUUUGCUUUGAGUUUUUUUCCUUUCAUACCUGAACCUCUCAGCCUCCUCUGAAUUGAAAAAUAUCUAAUUGAUACCUCAUCCCACCCCAGUGACACAUGUAGAAGAGUUGUCAUAUGGCUUAGCAUAGGCAGAUUUAAUAAUUCCCAUACCAUGUAGAAAGAUUUCUUCCUUAUUCUUCAUCUCUUCUCAAACUUUGUUGUUCCGUGUUCAUAGAUGACUUUGUUUUAUUUUCAAAAAGUGUUUGAAGAUGGA